UGUACGCAAUGCACUCCAUAAGAUUUCGGGUUCGUAAUUUGUAUUUGGAAUUUGGAUUUCACUAUUUUAGUUCUCGCAAUGAACGUUUAAGGUUGCGUCACGUAUGUGUUGACGACGCUUUAUAAUUCCUUACAUUCUUAUGGAGGCGCGUUCAAGAGAUAUAGCAGUGGCAUCGAUUGCGUGAAAGGCCGGUUGCAGCUGUAAAUCCGGGACCAUCCGGGACAAUGGAUACGAAGAUGUGCAAAAAGGACGUUCCGCAGGUCGUUAUUCUCGCGGACGAUUUCACUACGAAAUUAAAUCCGGCACAAAAUUUAUACCCGUGCAUCCUGACGCCCGUGAUAAACGUGCCCCUCUUCGACUACAUGAUCGAAACGUUGACGAGGUCGCAGAUAAAGGAGGUAUUUCUGUACUGCAGUAGCCACGUGGACCUGCUAAAAAAAUACAUAGAGGAGAGAUCUUGCAAGAUCUACUCUAUCACGAUCACCCUGAUCGUUUCCGACGGCUGCGGAUCCCUUGGGGAUGCUCUGCGGGACAUCUACACGAAAGGCUGGGUCAGGGGACAUUUUAUAUUGCUUCGCGGAAACACGUUUACCAACACGAAUCUCAAAGCCUUGCUCGAUGCUCAUCGCUUGAGAUUCGCAAAGGAUAAGGGCGCGGCUAUGACUAUGGUGUUUCGAAAUUUGGGCUCGACGAAGGUUCCUCAUCUCAGCAAGGGGGCAUCUGUAGUCAUGUCGGAUAGUAGCGACGAUAAAAUUCUCUAUUAUUUUAAAUUCAAGGACAUUGGCAAGGGAAUGAAGGUGGAUGUAAACGUGUUUCUCAAUACCGACGAGGUUGACGUAAAUUCUUGUUACUUGGACACUCAUAUCUACCUGUGCUCGCCAUCUGUCUUGCCGCUUUUCGCCGAUAACUUCGAUUUUCAGACCAUGGAUGAUUUUAUUCGUGGAGUAUUGACGAGCGAUAUUUUGGACUCGAGGAUCUAUUGUCAGACGUUAAACGAGGAAGAUUACGCCUUGCCAAUUACAUCGUGGGAGACUUAUCACGUUCUCACCCAGGACAUUUUGCGUAGAUACAGUUUUCCCUUGGCGCCAAACGCUUUCCCCUUGUUAAGGAACUUUAUAUCCCUGCCGCGGUGCACAUAUAAGCACGAAACUGCUACUUUUGCCAAGGGUUGUUCACUAGAAAAGGACUCUAUUCUCGGAAUGAAGAGUUCGUUAGGAAGCAAUACCAAAAUCGCGAGUUCUGUAAUCGCAGAUAAUUGCACUAUAGGUAGUAACGUUAGUAUACGUGACUCCUACGUCUUUUCGAACGUUAGGAUCAAAGAUAAUUGUACUAUUAAGAGCAGCAUCGUGUUCUCGGAUUGCAUCAUUAGGUACAGCAGCCAGAUAGAUGGAUGCAUAUUGUAUCCGGGGGUUGAUAUUACCGCUCGCAGCGAAUACGUUGACAUGUUCCUCGAGUCUACAUCCUCCGGCAUGUCCAAGACUCAAAUGUCAGAUCUUAAGAACGCUAAUGCCGGAUUUUCGUACUUCAAGAACCCUGAAGAGUUCAACUACGACGACGACUCGUCAGAGUCGUCUAGCAACGAGGAGAAUCUUGCCUGUUACGACACCCCGGUUCCGGACGACAUGAAUAUGUUCUUGUCUGAGGUCAUCGAUAGUCUGUUGCGUGGUUAUCAGGAUAAGCUCAAGUGCGAGAAUUUAAUUCUGGAGAUAAACUCUUCAAGGUACGCGUACAACGUCACCGUACGCGAGGUGACUUACAACGUCAUCAAGGCGAUUCUCAGUUUGCCGCUACAUUAUCUUUCCGAGACGAAGACUGCCGUUGAUAAACAAAGUUAUCAGAAGAACCUGAAAAUCAUGAUCACCUAUUUUAACACUAUUAUCACGAAUUACGUUAAGAAUAAAGAUGCGCAGGAGGAUUGUUUGCGUGCCAUAGAAGACAUUGCUGGUACAACCGACGAAUUACUGCCAUAUACGCAACACCUGUUGCAUCAAUUUUACGACCAUGAUAUACUGUCGGAGGAGAAGAUUUUAGAGUGGUAUGAGUUUGGCGGCGAGGAUGCGGAUCCGCUUCAUAUCAAAGUGAAAAAUGCCGUUGAACCGUUCAUCAAAUGGUUGCGAGAGGCAGAAGAAGCUUCCACGGAAAGCGAUGAUUAAUAUUUUGCGUUAAAGAAUUUUCAUACAAACUAUAGCUGUUUAUGUACGAAUGUAUAUAAGAUUAGAUUUUAUACGCGUGAAUACAUUGGUAAAGAAUUAUGAUAGAA